AAUCUCAUAGUGGCAAUUUAACUAAAAGAAAGUCAUAAGAGUUUUUUUUAUAACUGGACUCUCUGUGUAUAAUGGGCCCUUGCCGGAUGCUUGGUGUGGAGAGAAUCUGGCCUCCGAAGUUCAACUCUUUUCCUACAGAAACUGCCGCCCAACCGUCACCAGGCAUCCGCUCUGCCUCUCCCGAUCUCUCACUCUCUUGUGUUUCAGAAAUGGGAACCAUCGUUAGUAAAGCUGCAAAUGGCCUUGGAGGUGUUCUUGCUAAUGUUUUUAGUGCUCCUUUCAAGACUAUUCUUGGAGCAUCAUGUGAGGAUGUUUGUGCGGGGCCAUGGGAUGUAGUCUGUUUUAUUGAGCACUUGUGUGUCUCUGAUCUGGUGAAGUUGUUGAUGAUUUUGGGACUCUGCUACAUAACUUUGAUGUUCUUGUACCUAUUAUUCAAGCUGGGAAUUUUCCAAUGCAUAGGAAGAAGCAUCUGUAAGAUGUGUUGGGCUGGAUGUGAGACAUAUUGGUUCUCAUUACAAUAUGUUACCUGUUUUCUGUGGCACAAGUUAAAGAACACAAAACGCGUACAUCGUAGACGUUUUCGAGACAUCGAAAAAGGGAUUACUUCAACCUCUGAAAGUGACUAUUCAGAUAACUGUCAUCACGUUGUUAGAAAGAAAAGGGAAGGAAGAAAUUUUCAUCUGCAGAGCUCUCGCUAUGCUUCAAGCCAUAGUCGCUAUCGACACCACCACCAUGUGACAUUGAAGACCGGCAAAAUUUCUGCUCAUGUUAAGGGUGGAUCCCAAAGGCUAAGGAAUUCAAGACGAUUGAAAAUAAAUAAAGUUAAAAAUCAUCGAAAGGAUCUUGGAAUUAUGAGGAGGAGGAGGAGAGGCAUGAGGUGAUCAUGCAAUUUUCAAGAGAAUAUGAGGUGAACAAGCAAGUAAAAAAGUUAUGAAUGUUGCAAGUGUUUGUGUAGGACACAAGAGUCUCAACCAAAUCUUGAGAGCUUACAAUAUCACAUGUAAAUCAGACUGAUUUGUUCCUGCAUUUAUUUAAAAGUUAGCAAAAAUAAAGAUUAUGCAUGAUUGCAUCAGAAUUUUCAAUUGAA